AAUCCAGCCAACGUCUUCGCGGUCUUGAGUCUCUGUGGUUUUUACAGAAUCUCGCAGUUGGCCCCCAAGUCAAGGAAGAUCACUUCCACUCGUUGAUACAGGGCCCUGCUCAUCCUCUUCCACGUCAAUGUGGGCACACGAUGCUCUAGCACGACCUCCUCCUCCAUCCUAAAUCAACCGCCCAUGAUGUACAGAUCCCGGCGAGCGGCCCUCUCCGGGCUGAGACAAUGCCUGCGUCGACCCGUUCGGACCUAUGCAAAUGUAUCGGAGACGCCUCUGCGGACCGCCCUCUUCUUCCCCGGCCAUGGAGUACAAAGAAAAGGCAUGACGCGGUCAUGGGUGGAGGCGUUCCCUAGAAUAUGUAAACCGUUCUUAGAGGAGAUGGAUGAUAUUGUGCAUUGCAAACUCUCGACGCUGAUCGACGAGGGACCGAUAUAUAUGCUGGACAAGACGGAGAAUGCCCAACCGGCGAUCAUGGCAGUAUCCGUCAUGAUCCUGAAGGUGCUCGAGCAGGAAUUUGGGUUCAAGACGGAAGAGGUGAUCAAUGUCACGCUAGGCCACAGCUUGGGAGAAUAUGCUGCCCUCGUGGCUGCUGGAAAUCUGGAAUAUGCAUAUGCUCUUGACUUGGUGCGCAAACGCGGCGAGGUGAUGGGAGAAUGCACGCGAAAAGCCAAAGAAGAGUCCGGGGAAGACUUUGGGAUGGUGGCGCUGGUGUGUGAGCCGGAGCAAUUGGAGUCAUUGAUUGCCGCGGUCAAAGAAUUCCUCAGUCAAGGCGCUGAAGGUGCCAAAGACGAUUCGGCGGCAUUGCCGGCGAUCCAACAGGUCGCCAUUGCCAAUGCCAAUUCCAAGAAUCAGAUUGUCCUCAGCGGCAGCUUCCAGCGCAUUCGCAAUCUGUUGGUCCACAUUCGCGAGUUUGGCGGACAUGAUCCCAGAGCAGUGGAGCUGAAGUCGCGGUCGGCUUUUCACAGUCCCAUCAUGAUGCCGGCAUAUGAGUUCAUGAAGAAAGCGCUCGAUCCGGAUAAGGUCAUCUUUCCUGGCCGUGUGCCCUGCAUCAGCAAUGUAACCGCGCGUCCGUUCAGUUCCAAGGAAGAUCUGAUCAAUAAUCUCGCCCGGCAGGCUAUCGACACUGUCCUCUGGUGGGAUUCAAUCAAGUACUUGGAUCGACAGGCUGGAACACGUCGAUAUCUCGGCGUGGGUCCUGGGAAGGUCGGCCGCAACCUGGUGUCCAAGGAAGUCGGUCGGUCAUCGGCCAGGGGCGGUGGUGUCUGGUCCAUUACAGAACCAUCGGAGAUCGAAGAGACUCUGCGGUCGUUAGAAGAGGCCUUGAAAGAAGAUCAAGCUGAACUUCAGCAUUAAGCACUUCAUGGAACCAAGUGCUGGGGGACCGCCAUGGGAUGAGUUCUUACGCCUGAGCCCUUGAGCAGCGUGGAGGUGGGGAUGGCACUGAUAUUGAAAGGAGUGCACGCAAAGAGAGGUCUCGGUUGCUGCAAUGGGAUGAGUGAUUGAUCGGGAGUACCGUGACUCGAACACGUAUCCCAAUGGCAGUGAAGAACCAGGGGGGGGAGACUUUCGUUCCCUGGGAUACCAAACUGAAUGUCACAUGAGCUUUCCAAAAAUCAAAGCUUAUUAACGAAGUCUCCAAAUUAUGUCCCCAACGCAAAGACCCCUAGAAUGUGAGUUCAGGUCAAACCACUUAGCCCAGCGGUCACGACAGGGCACUCACCUAAGUGGAAGGCGGCGAGCUUCUAGGCGAAACGGUUCACCAGUUCGAGUCACGGUUCGAUCCAUCCGACUUAUUGUGUCAACUUGCAACCACGAUCCCAGUCCAGCGAACCCGGACUAACGACAACCCUCUACUACUAAUUCUAACCCUGCGAACCCGGGUUGACACCAACCAGCGAUCAUCAAACGGAAAACCCCUGCGAACCCGGGUUUCACUUACCACAACCCCCAUAUCAUCAAAGGGGUUUGUGGAAAAGUUUUUGUUUUUCCAGUUGAAGUUCAUUUUUGUUUCCUUCUACUUGAUAUGCGGCUGUGGGAGCUAUAUUGAGGAUAUAGUGAGGUUGCCGGAUUCUGGUUGUUGCCACAACAAUUGACGCCCGGCAACGGCCAUCUAAUGGACUAAACUCGAAGUGUUUCGGGUGUUGCAGGAUUUAGCGGGCGUUCAUCCAUGUUAGUUGCUCUAUGCUACCUGAUCAUGUGAUGAAUAUUGGUUACACUCUCAAUUACCCAUUGUUUUCCUCUAAUUAUGAUGUCGAGAGCCGCCUGCGCAAGUCAGCAUGUCAACUGACCUGGCGCGGUGUAUGCGGACAUUAUGUGCGCUUCGUGGUCGAAUAUAAAUUCCUUUAGUGGCACUCUGCUCUUCAGUCGAUGCUGUUCUUAACGUUGAGAUGCAAUAGAGACAUGAUCACUUUACAACGAUGAUAUUGUUGGGCA